AUGGUGUGGAUUCCUUUUAUAUCAAGUAAUAAACCAGAAUUUAAAAAUAAUAGAGAAGCAAGAAAACAAUGUUGGGAAUCAAGAGAUAUAUAUUUCAAUUGUUUAAAUAAAAUUGAUGUUAUUAGUCCCUUAGAUCCCAAAAAUAAAGAAAUAAUUAAAAAAAAUUGUCAUAAACAAGAAAUAGAUUUUGAAGAUAAUUGUGCAAAGAGUUGGAUAAGUUAUUUUAAAGAGAAAAGGGUUACAGAUUAUAGAAAUGAUUUGAUUCAAAAACAAAUGCAACAAGAUGAACAAAAUCAAAAUCUAUUACAAGGGAAAUGA